CAGCAAAGCAACAUGAAAGAAACUGGAAAACGACGUGCAGAGGAGAAAUUCUGCUGCAUUUCCAAGCUUAAGGUAUUUCUGCUGGCGCUAUCAUUUGCAUAUAUUGGUAAAACAAUGUCUGGUGCUUAUAUGAACAGCAUGUACACACAGAUAGAGAAGCAGUUUAAUAUUCCAGCUUCUUUAGUGGGGAUCAUUAAUGGAAGUUUUGAAAUUGGGAACUUGCUGCUGAUAGCGUUUGUGAGUUACUUCGGAGCAAAGCUUCACCGACCGAGAAUAAUUGCUUUGGGCUGCACAAUUAUGUCAUUUGGCUGUCUUUUGAUAUCACUUCCACAUUUCCUGAUGGGACGAUAUCACAUUGAAAGCAGCGUUUUACCGUCUGAGAAUUCUUCAGUCAUGCCUCUGUGCUUUGUUAAUCAAAGCUCUUUCUCUUCACCUGCAGAGAAACCAUUAAAAGAUUGUGAAAAAGAGCCUGGAUCCUUGCUGUGGAUAUUUGUGCUGAUUGGAAACAUGGUACGAGGAAUAGGUGAAACUCCCAUCAUGCCUCUAGGCAUUUCAUAUUUGGAGGAUUUUGCCAAAGCAGAGAAUUCACCUUUCUACUUGGGAUGUCUACACACAGCAACUGUGAUUGGCCCAUUCCUUGGUUUCUUAUUGGGAUCAUUCUGUGCAGAACUGUUCGUUGAUGUGGGAUCAGUAAACACAGAUGACAUAACUAUAACAGUUACUGAUGCCCGCUGGGUUGGAGCAUGGUGGCUGGGCAUUUUGAUUUGUGCAUCAGUGAAUCUUCUCGCAGGAACACCUUUAUGGUUUUUGCCCAGGUCCCUUGUGAAGGAAGGAGAAACCCAAGAACAUGAGGAGUUUCGUAAAAAAAAUGUGGUGCUGUUGCAAGAAAAUGAUAAAAAUGAAACCAAGCAGACCAUGUAUGAAACUGCUAAAGAUUUCAUCCCGUUCCUCAAGGCUCUGUUUCGCAACCCAAUUUAUAUGUUAUUUAUAUGCGUAACUGUGUUACAGUUCAGUGCAUACAAUGGCAUGAUAUCCUUCAUGCCAAAAUACUUGGAACAGCAGUUUGGAAAAUCUGCAUCAGACGCCAUCUUUUUAAUUGGUGUUUACAACUUACCAGUCAUAUGCGUUGGUUAUUUUUUUGGAGGCUUCUUCAUGAAGAAGUUCAAGAUAAAUAUUUCUCAGGCUGCAAACCUGGCGUUUUGGAUAUCUUUAUUUGAUUACUUUCUCUACUUUUCUACCUAUUGGACUAUCUGUGACACUUCACCAGUUGCUGGCCUAACAGUUUCGUAUGAAGGGAUAAAACAUGUUUCAUAUGCAGAAAAUACUCUGCUUACUGACUGCAACAGUGAUUGUAAUUGCACACUGAAAGUAUGGGACCCUGUCUGUGGGGACAAUGGAAUCACUUACGUGUCACCUUGUCUUGCGGGGUGUAAAGCCUCAAGGGGAACUGGAAAACAUAUGGUAUUGGAAAACUGCACCUGCAUUGCAGCCUCGGGGUUUUCAUCUCAAAAUGUCUCUGCAAUUCUGGGCCAGUGUGACAGAGAAGAAAACUGUGACAAGAUGCUUCAUUAUUUUUUAAUAUUGUCGUUAAUCUGCAGCUUCAUUUUUUCCUUAUCAGCUAUGCCUGGAUAUAUGGUCUUAAUAAGGUCUCUAAAGCCUGAAGAAAAAUCACUUGGAGUGGGUCUCCAUGGACUAGCUUCAAGAGUACUUGCUGGAAUUCCAUCUCCCAUUUAUUUUGGAGCUUUGAUAGAUACCACGUGCUUGAAGUGGGGUACUAUGAGUUGUGGAGGAGAAGGAGCAUGCAGGAUGUAUGAUAUUGUCACUUACAGAUGGCUCUACCUGGGUCUGCCAGCAGUAUUACGUGGAGUAUCCUAUAUCCCAUGUGUAUUAAUUCUCCUUAUUUUAAAGAAGAAACUUAAAUCUUCUGAAAACAAAGUCUUAAUAAAUGCACCAGUGGAAAUGCAGGCUAAAGAAGAGGAGAAUGAGUCACUAAAAUAGCAUGUCAAAGCAGGACAUAUCAUGAAAAAGCCUUGCAGUGUAAAUCUUGGACAUAUCUUUGUGAAAAAUCUGUUAUUUACUAGUGAACUCUUGGACAGACAUUAAAAGAA